UUUCAGUACGCACGUGACGCUACAAGCGAGAGUACGCUUUUGUCCGAUACAAAUAGUUACGUGCUCGCGUCUUAAUAAAUCACCCACUAUCAUACCAGUGUCUUAUUACUCGUAAUCCGCUCAUCAAUCGUGCACUUAAAUAAUCAGAGAAUUAAUUAUUUUAUUUUUAACCCCCCCGAUAAAUUAUAAAUUCACCGACGCUAACAAUUGUGCCUCGCGCCACCAUUUCUGGAAAAUAAAACAAGCGCGAAAGGAUCGUAGAUGUCGCACAGAUAAAAUAAAGUGAGUGCCGGUUAACAUUUUUUUAUUUCAUUCCCUCAUUAAUUAUUGAGUUCAAGUAUGAUAAAACCAAGUUCAUCAGCUUAUUGAAGGAGUAAGUGAAUAAGUUUCGUGCGUGGGGUGUCGUGUGCGUGUUUCGCGAAAUAGUGGGGCUCGAUAGAAGGGGAGGGAAAAUAAAACAAGUGCUCACCGGUAAACAGAGGGAGCGCGAAGGGACGCGAGCGGACGAAGUGUUCUCCUGUAAACAGUUUGAGCGGGAAGGGGGACGCUCGGAGACGGAGGAGGGAAAAAGUAAUCGAGAAAACGUUGAAGGAAAAUGCUGGCAGCGUAAUAUCUGCAACGUUCCAGUGUGUCUGCCCGUUAUCGAUGUCGAUUUAUUCCUCUUCGAUGUCGAUAUACACAGUUGCAUUGUAAAACGGGACGCGGGAAAUCAGGAGGGGAAAGUGAAUGCCGAGGUGUGUGUGUGUGUGCUUUUUUUUUAUUUGACGGCGUGGGUUUUCUGGGUUUUUUUUUCGCGGAGUGUUGAGUGGUGUGGGGUGGUACAGUGGAGGCUGUGGUGCAUGCCAAUAGAGUCUGGGACACCCGGUUUAGGGACAUGUCCAGACUGAGGAGCAGACCGGUGAACGGUUAUGUUACUAAUCGGAAUGUGGAUCGAUGAUAACAUAUGAGGAAUAAUCGUUGUCCUUCGAGACCUUGUUGUUGUGGAUCGUUUGUCGUUGAGGGGAAGUAGAGCUUGUUGUGGCCACAGGGAGAAGACCAGUGGCAAAUUGAGUAACGCACACUUCCUAGAAUAAUCCGGAGGUCAUAUGCCCAUACACGCACGUAAAACGAAUGUUGACUCGCUUUAGAGGUCGUCCCCUCUUGAGUUCCAUUUUUUUCACGCUACGUAUUUUGUUUUGAUGAGCGGGCAGCCUGCGAGGAAAUAGAAAUGGUUGAGCUGAGCGGAAGUGGCCAACCUGGUAUAAUGCAGGUUGGACAGAUAAAUACAAGUGGUAUGUCAAGUUUAACAUCAGCACCAACAUUAUCCUCAUCGUCAUCGUCAACAGCCGCUUCCUCAUCAACAUCCGGACGUGCGGGUGUACUUGAGACUCAAGUACGCGGUCAAUGGUAUCGUGUCUUCGUAUCCCUUGAGGAUGACUAUCUCAGUAUAUCUUUGGAUGAGAGUUGUGAGAAUAUACUAACUGGAAAUGGUGGUCCCCUCAAUGGUAAUAUUAACAACAACAACAUCGACAGUCUCAAUGAUCCCGAUGUACCAGAUUCAGUGGCUAAUCAAAAGCGCAUUGUGAGAGUAGUGAAAAGUGAUAAUAAUGGAUUGGGUAUAUCGAUAAAAGGUGGAAAGGAAAAUAAAAUGCCCAUCCUCAUAUCCAAGAUUUUCAAGGGCAUGGCAGCCGAUGCUACUGAACAACUUUACGUUGGUGAUGCAAUUCUCGCUGUCAACGGUGAAGAUCUUCGCGAGGCAACUCACGACGAGGCUGUUAAGGCACUUAAACGGGCAGGCAAGGUCGUCGAACUCGAAGUAAAAUACCUGAGGGAAGUGACACCGUACUUCAGGAAGGCGUCAAUCAUCCAAGAGGUCGGCUGGGAGCUCCAGAGAGGUUUUUUAAGUGCGACACCACCCCCACCAAAGUCACCCCCGAGAGCGGACACUCGUUAUCUACCCCUUCAGCUGUGUAGACUCACGAGAGCUCAUCCCUCCUCGGAUCCUGAGGGGAGAAUUUUAGAGCUUCAUUCACCCGAUGGCGUCCACGAGUGUUGGCUAAGAGCAUCUGACAAUGCCGAAGCGAAUGUGUGGUUCAAUGCACUUCACUCAGCACUAGCAGCUCUCACACUCAAAGCCCUGAGGCUUGCAUCUGCACUACCAGAUCCUCCACAGCUUCAACAUAUUGGAUGGCUCGCCAGGCGACACUGUGUUCAGAACGGUCGUGCCAGCAGUGAAAGCAGCGAAGACGGUGCGGGGAGUAGUGCGAGUAUGUCAAGAGGAGCUGGCAGUAGCUAUGGAUGCGCUGGUGGAUGGCGUAGUGUCUUUGGUGCUGUCUCUGGACGUGAAUUGAGAUUGUACGAGUGUGCACCGUGGAGCCCAGAGGCAUGGGCGUCACCAAGUAUCACGUGUCCACUCAUCGCAACCAGACUCGUUUCAUCCCCAACGAGAAAUAGCGAAGCGUCGAGCAGCAAUUCGACGAUGCACGGGGCGACAUUUGCCGUUCGUGUUGGCACCAUAGACGGUGUUAUUACGCAUCACCUCAGGGCAGAGACACGCAGAGAUUUAGCUGCCUGGGCGAGGGCAAUAGUUCAGGGGUGUCACACAGCCGCACAAUCGAUGCGUGAAUACACAGUCCGAUGCCUGUGGCAGAGUCGGCCCUGUCAGCUCAUCGUCAAUCAUGAAGAGGGCUUCAUGCUUUAUGCAGCAAACACCAGAGGCGUUAAUGGGGUCAGUCCUGGAUCACCACCAGCACCGCUGUGGAAGAGGUCGUUCGAUAAACUCAGAAUGUCCGCCGAUGACGGCGCACGGCUACUCUGGCUGGACUUCGGAGGCGACGAUGGGGAGAUCGAACUCGAUCUUGAGAGCUGUCCAAAGCCAAUUGUCUUUGUGCUUCACAAUUUUCUCUCAGCAAAGAUUCACCGAUUGGGCUUGACCGCAUAGGGGUACGAGGGGGCUUCGACAGAGGCCCCCGAUCUGCCUCCCCACACCACUCGUUCUGUAACCAGUGUCUUUCUCCACUAGGAACACUUGAGAUGAAUGAGUGGGUGGCCUCUACAAUCAUUCUUAGUUGACUCUAUCGAAGAUCGAGAGGAUUGCAUCUGUGAUGGGAAAUAGGUAGGUGCGUUACAUUCCAAAGGAUCACAAAAUAACAAAUGUCGCUGAUGACUAGAGAAAAUCCAAACAAACGUCGUAGAAAAACUCGUAUCUAGAAUCAAUCUUGUGCCCUCAACUUGAGACUUUAUGCCACCAGCUUUGAGUCACUUUUAGUGUUUCAAUGAUAAAACUUAUAGCUUGAAAAAUUUCAACAGUAAAAUAUAUUUCACUGGGAAUAAAAAAACUUUCGUCAAGAGAUUUGGUACUUUACGAAAGACCAGGACCAGGAGUUGGUUCAUCACAAGAAAACAAUUCUCCCAACGGAGUCAGCUAGUUUAGGUAUAAAAAUAAUUGGCUUUCGUCACGAAAAUGUAUCAGCUACAUUGGAAAAGCCCAAAAUUUCUUGACAAAGUAUUUAUUCACAUCGCAACAUAUUUCACUCCUGGAAAUUUUCAAACUUAUGUCCCAUUUAUUUUCAAAAUUACUUGAGUCAAUCGUCUCAUCCCAGGGGAUUUGGAUUACGACAAAAAUGUCGGCCAUGGAAUAAAAUUUGGAAAAUCCCUGCAGAAGAAUUCAAAGAGGUUUAAUUGAAAAUGUACACGAGAUCUAGAGCUUUUGCGCCCUUACCAUCUCAUACAGUCACUGUUUGAAUUCAUCUGAUGUUUCCACCCCGUAUCGCGACUGCAAAGACAUCUUGACACUAGUUUUCACAGUGCGAGUUGCAAUAAAAAUAAUCGAAAUGGUCGAGUGAGAACUUUGCAGACCAAUUCGUAGCUAGAAUUACCUCCGACAAACGCUAUCCAAGAGUCAACCACAGGAGCCAAUAAAAAAAAAACCAACGACACUAACUCAAGAAAGUAUAUCGACUAUCGGUGCGACUUCACCGCAACACCCAACACGAAAAAAAUCAUGAAAAUGUGUAACGAUUUAUCGAUUCGAAGCCAUCCACGAUUUCCAUACCAAAAAGUCCCGCAUUAAAGUUGACACUUAUGUGUACAACAUUCUUCCGAAGACAUUCAUUGAGCCCACGAUAAUGGAAAUCGCCGACGCAAUGCGCCUGAGUGAUUAGUUAAAGUUAACUAAAUAAACUUAACGCUAAAACUAAAGAAUUAAAGAAAACUGAGAUAAAGUAAAGAGGAAAAGAUACGCAAGUUGUCUACUAAUAUUACGAGUUAUUAACAAAAUUAAUGAAAAGUAUUGCGCAUUUGCAUAUAUACUAUAAAUAAAUAUAUGGAUGAGUGAGAAUGUGAGAAAAAUAGACGGAGAAUUGAAAUUUACUGAAAUGAGGUAGAAAUUAACAGGAGAAUUGUGGUACUCAAUUAAACAUUAAUGGCUAAUUUAUAAAUGUUAAAAAUGUGCUGCAGCCCGCUGGUAACUAAUUACUCGGCUACUUGAUUAUUCACCCCUUUUUCUCCCUUCGUCCUUCUCCAUGCUCGACUGUUUCAUAAAAUUGAGAAUAGAAUUUCCAACAAGAAUUACUGAAUUAAACGUUCAAAACUUCAGAAUUAUGAAAUCAUUAAAUUUCUAUGAAUCCCACAAACUUCGCCAGUGGGAAAAAAAUCACCUCUGACGAAUGAAUUUUUUUUCGUUGCUCGAAGUGAAAGUAUUAGCAUUGUUUUGACGAAACAAUUUUUUAUUGGUUUAUUAGAAACAUGCGAAUAGCCAUGUGAAUAAUUAAGAGAGCCGAGAACAGGGCCAAUUAGACUGUAAAGUCUUACGCGAAUCUACGAGUAUAAUUGAAAUAUUUGAAGAAACAAAGGCUGACUGAAAUGCGCCCGAUAAUUCUCCACAACUUUUUCAUGAUUUAUGUUCAAAUUAACGUGAUGAAAUAUGAUGGUUCAUGGCCAUAAAGAAAAAGUGGCAUUCCUCGAGGCACCAGCGAUGCCAAGGCGCUCUAGUUGUUUUAUACGGUUCGUAUCCUUAACGCAAUUAAAUUUAUGGAUGCGAGAAAAUGUUUUCUGAAUGAAAUUACAUAAAGGUACAUAUUAAUAGAGUGAAGGGGGUGCACGUGCGUACCCAUCUACAACUAUAAUACAGAUACAGAAUGGCUGAAAAUGUGUUAUAAUGAAAUUUUACGGUGGAUGUAACUGAUGUAAUUUAAAUUGUACCCCGAGAACGAGCACACAGCGAUUCCAAAUUGAUGACUCUUCCUUCUAUCCAUCCACUACCUUCCACACACCCUUUUCUUGGGCUAAUCCGUGUAAAUUAAGUUAGCUAACAUUCCACGCAGAACUCUCAUCAUGGGGAUAAGCUUUGUGUGCGUUUAGUCACACAUCUAUGACUGUAACUGCAACUUUCCGAGUUAUGUUAAUUGAUGAUGAAUUGUAGUUUAUGAGGAGAGCGUCGAGUUUAAAUCAAAUAUUUAGAUGAAAUGAGAAAUUAUUGCCGCGAUUGUAUAUUGCAUUGAGCAAUUUAAUGAGGAGGUGAUUAAUCGGAGAAUAUUGGAAAUAUAUCACUGUUGGGAGAGUGAAGUGGGUUUCAAAAAUUUUAAUUUACAAUUCAAAAAUCAUGGAAUACCACGGAGCAGUCGUUCUUUCUUUUCUGAAACCGUUUUCGUAAUUCUCACGACUGAUCACCUCCUCGGAAAAUUAAUUCAAUAUCAGUAAUUGAAUCCGGUGUUUACACCUCCAAUGAGUGACGAAUCAAAAGUUAUUUUUACAAAGCAAUUUAUAACUAACUCAAGUGUAUUUCUUAUCGAUCGAUCAUCCGUAGACAACCAUGUCUAUCAUUCAUAAUUGUGGAUCAAGGGUGACUACAUGAAAUUCACCGUUAUCCCUUAAGUGUGGUAGGUCACUUUGAAAAAUAAUAUCGAGAAAUGAAAGCGUUAUUGAGGAGAGGGUGGAAAUAACUCUAUUGAAAGUACGAAAUUAAUUACACCCCACUGCUUUCACUGAAUACCUCAUAAGUCGGACAUUAAACUCACAUUAUUCUGUACUCCCAGCAUCCCGUUGCGUUACAUAAAAAAUUGUAAUCAUUUUCCUCUUCAUAAAUAUGAAAUGAAAAAGGAAGAGAACGAGUUUUUGAGCUAUUGUUUUAGCUCGUUCACGUGGUACGAUGAAUGGUGUAGGAGCUCUCAACCAAUUAUCGGAAUAAUAGCUGGGAGGAGAACUGCUCUCCACCACUGAACUGGGCCAAACCUCCACGAAAAACCCCACGAGUACUCGUUAACAAUGUAAUAAAUAUGGGAAUAUGAGUGAACUUUGAUGUAUAAAAUUUCGUGAAUGCCAAGUGUACGUGGGAGAAAAUCCAAAAAUGUUGUGAAUGACAGGCCAAAAAAUGGUGUAAACCGAACAUAAAUGAAAGCGUGGAAGACGAAGAGGUAAUGGGAGUGAAUAAAAAAAAAAUGGUUGUAGCAAAUUCGAGAGUGGACAGCUAUUAAUUGUGGCUCUCGAGUGACGACCGGAGCUGAACAAUAAAUCAAUUUUUGUUGCAAUUUAAUUAGACAUAUCAACGAAUAACACGUAAAUCUGUUUUUCAUUUUUAUCUGUUUUGCAAUUUAUUUCUUCUGUUAUCACAUUUCACUCUUCCAUUCUGACUCAUGCGACAAUAAGAGCUGAUUUUCCACGAUAUUUUAUCAUUCCAUUGUCGAUUUCACUAGACUGAACAUAAAACAAAUAGACCCCCACCCAAUCCCCUCUGAUUGUUCUGUAAAUAGAGAAUAUGAAAAUAUAUAUAAAUAUAUCCCUGGGUACAAGUAAAAAUAAAAAAAAAGGAUGACAUAUGUAUGUAAAGGAUAAAAUCAAUUUUCCAGCUGUCGCAGGUCAUAAUUUUCCGUGUAAUGAUGAAAAAAAAAAUCAAAUGUGUUUUAAAAAAAGUUGAGGCUAUUAUUUAUUCGAGUGAAGGGUGGACGAUGAGAAAAACCCCUUGUGAAUUGUGUAUUUUUAUAAUAAUUUUAAUCCAGCACUUGUUCAUUAUAAAGAGCUCCACGGGCUCCAUUAUUAUUGUGAAUUCAAUUUUAUUUUCCAUUGUAGAUUACGCAAGAGUUAUUGUACGAUAUGCGUUAUUAAUUAAAUAAACAAAACAACCUGGUUAGAAAAAA